AUGAGUGCAAAGCCAACAAUUCUCGUUAUCGGAUCACCCGUUGGCCUAGUUGCUGAUGAAACCUGGGCCAAUUUCACCACCAAUUUCAACGUCAAAUCUUACGAUUUUCCGACCAAUGAUGACUUCCACGAGUCAUUGCGUUCUGGGAGUUGCAAGAAUGUCGAUGGCAUCGUGCGCCUUGGCCUCAAUCUACCAGAAGGUUGCGAAAAGGUGUUGAUCGGCUGGACGCAUCGGGGUCUCGCGCAUUUCCCCCCAAGCCUCAAAGUAAUUGUCAAUUUCGGCCAUGGCUACAACGACGAAGCGGUCGAUGAGCUUCGUGAGAAAGGGAUUACGUUUUUCAACACGACAGGCGGGAGUCAAUCCACGGCAGCAGUGGGAAUCUAUCUCAUUGUGGCAGCUUUCCGUAACCUGAGCCGGUAUGAGCGGAUGCUUCGCCAGGAUCAGUUUCUCCCGGCUUUACGAGACUCUGCCAGAAAUGCUGUGGACCCUUUUGGGAAAAGCCUCGGCAUUAUUGGCAUGGGCUCUAUCGGGGAGACCAUUGCGAGGCAAGCAGCUACGUUGGGCAUGAAGAUUCACUCUAUAGACAGGCCAAGCCUGCGCAGUCGGCUUGAGAGUGAAGGAAACUCAGCUACAGGCCUUCCUCCAAUCAUCCUUCAUGAUAACCUACUGAAUCUCGCACGAGUCGUCGAUUGUGUUCUGCUGUCAUGUCCCUACUCAGCUGCAACCCACCAUCUUCUCUGUAAAGAGGUGUUUGCAGAGAUGAAGAAGGGCGCCAGGAUCAUCAACAUCGCUAGGGGACUCUGCAUUGACGAGGAGGCACUCUGCGAUGCCAUUGAGGAAGGCAUCGUGGGUGGUGCAGGGCUGGACGUUCACCAUGACGAGCCAAAGGUUAAUCCUAGACUACUGGGCUACGACUGUGUGACAUUGUUGCCGCAUGUUGGGGGUUUAACAAACGAUUCAAUGAAGAAUCAUGCUGAGCUUGCUUUGAACCAUAUCGUAAACUAUUUCUCUGUCGAAUCUGCAGGCUCUGGUCCAGUUGCGUAG